AUUAAGUUCAAAACAAUGUCGAAUAUGAAAAAGGACAUUGAUUGCUUGCCAUGUCGUUUAGUAAGCGGAUUUGGUAUAAUAGCAUCUCGUGAAAAAUGUUAAAAGUUAAGUUACAGGCGUUAAAUCAUCCCACUCCAGAUGAUUUGGAUGUGAAUGAUCGUAAGGUAUUUGCAAGCACUAUUCUAUGGCUGGAGGACCAAAAGAUACGUCAAUAUAAAAUUGAGGAUCGUGAAAAAUUAAGGCAAGUAGAUAAGUUGCCGGUUUGGGAGAAAGCAUAUGCUGAAUAUAAAUCUGAUCUCGGUAUGCCGAAAUACAAAACACCGCUCGAAGAAAUAUCUUGGAUGUUGGGAUAUGCUGUACGGCUAGAAUUCUUAGAUGAACCUGAUAGAUAUGCAAGUAUCAAUUCCCAAGAAGUUGGUGCAAAGCAAAAGAAAUCAAUUGCACCUAGUAUUAAAGCAGAAAAUUUCUUCGACAACAUGGAUUUUAAUAAUAAGGACUUCAUAGCUGGUGUACGCACAUUGGCCAGCAAAUUACAAGUACCACAUCAUCCUAAUCAUUUGAUACAGCUUGAAGCCAUUGCACGCCUUGUGAAAGAGCGUUUAUCACCAGCAGCGAAGAAUCGUAAACCAAUUGUUGGUACACCCUUUCCAUUUGAAAAAGGUGAAGAUGUUGUUUCCCCUAAUGAUAAGGAUUUAGAUUAUCCUGUUCGUAUCAUGCGGCUACUGCAGAUUCAAAGCUUACGAGAACUACAAACACGUAUAAAUGAAACAAUCGUCGCUGUGCAGGAUUUAACAGCGAACCCUAAGACUGAUACAAAGUUAGGCCAAGUUGGACGAUAAGCAAUAUGCAUUACAUUACAAA